AUGUCAGUUGUGUUAUGGAGUUUAUUAUUUCAUGGUGGCGGUUUUGCCGUAAAUGCCAGAUGCCCACAAAUUGGAUUCAAACAACUAUCGGGUUAUGUUGAAGUUAGGCCCAAAGCUCAUAUGUUUUGGUUGCUUUACAAAAACUGUGCUCACAGUUCAACAAAGCCAUUACCUACCAUUCUCUGUCUAGCCGGAGGACCUGGUCUAUCUGCAGUUGGGUUUAGCAAUCUUGCAGAAGUUGGGCCAAUGGAUAUAUAUUUGAAUCCUAGAAAUCAAACAUGGCUGAAAAAAGCACACCUCCUGUUUGUGGAUAGUCCAGUUGGGACAGGUUAUAGUUAUGUGGAAGAUCCAAAAGUGUUGGUUAAAACAGAUGAGGCUGCUACAGAUGAUUUACUCAAAGUGCUGAUUAAUGUAUUCAAAAGACUAAAAGAUUUACAGAAAACCGAGCUUUAUAUUCAAGGGGAGUCUUAUGGAGGAAAAUUAGCUGUUACUUUGGGUUUAUCAGCACUCGAUGCUAUCAAAGAUGGAAGAUUAAACGUCAAUCGUCUCCGAGGAGUUAUAAUGGGGUCUGCUUGGAUAUCACCAGGAGUUCAAGUGCUUUCAUGGGGUCCUGUAUUAAGAGAUGCAUAUGAUUCUUACAAUGAUCUCAAAGAUCGUGUUAUCAUUGACAAUAGUAAUGGAGUGGAUAUCUUCAAUUUCAUGCUGGAUAGAAGUGAUGACGUCAUAGUAUCGAAUGACACGUCAGGAGAUCUGUCGUCGUCGUCAAAGAGUGACGGAUCCUAUUCAUAUUUCGAUAUGUUAGCGGGGCGGCCGCCACGUGUCUUUAAUUAUACUCAGCUUGAUAGCCUUAUGAAUAAUGAGAUGAAGCAAAUACUUGAGAUACCAAAAUCAGUUCGAUGGGUAGGACGAUCCCUUACCUCUCACCUUGCAAUGAAAGGAAAUUUCAUGAAACCAAUUACCACUCAGGUUGAUAAACUGCUGGCAACUGGAGUUAGUGUCACUAUAUAUGCUCCUCAAUUGGACGUGCUUUGCUCACCUAAAGGAACUGAGGCAUGGCUUGUACAGCUCAAGUGGCCAGGGCUUAAACCAUUCUUAAGGACGGAAAGAAGUACAAUAUAUUGUGAUCAUGAGGAUGAUCAUCAUAAUAAUAAUAAAAGGACAGGGGGCUUCCUUAAAUCCUUCCUCAAUUUGAAUUUCUAUUGGAUUCUUGAUGCUGGUCACUUUGUACCUAUGGAUCAGCCGUGUAUAGCUCUAAACAUGAUAGCCAACAUAAUUCAAUCAUCUCAUGCUCCUUAA